AUGAUGUCGGUCGCUUCUUUUGAAGUGCCCUACGCUGUAUUUAUAGUACUUUUGAUACUAUGGAACGUUUCUUAUACAAUAGCUCGACAGGAUGCCGAAACUAGUGAAGAUCAAGAUAAUAAUUACAAUAAUGUUAAUAAAUGUCCGAUAAAAUGUGCCUGUCUGGGCAAUGUUGUUGAUUGCAGUGGUUUGCAAUUGAUUUCAUCGCCUAGUAAAUUACCACCAUGGACCGAAAUAUUAGAUUUAAGCUCGAAUAAACUAGAGGAUAAUUUUACAUUUUCAAUGUCACAUCUCCCUCAGCUAACUAGUCUAAAACUCAAUAAAAAUUUAUUUAGCCAUAUACCAGAGCUCUCAUUGUUGGGCAAUUUAACUCACGUUUCAAUUUCCCACAAUUUUAUUGGUGAUAUUGAUGGGACUGCUCUACGAAAAUUACCUCAUCUCCAGUCUCUGGAGUUGCCGAGUAAUAAAAUAAAAGUAUUAAGACGAGGCUCUUUUUUAGCACCCAAUCAACUAAUUCGACUGUACGUAUAAAUUUAUAUCUGUAUCUAUAUAUAUAUAUAUAUAUCUACAGCCUUUAUUAUUGAAUAAAUUUCUUUGAUUAAUUGUGAUUGGUAUUAUAGAAAUUUAAAUAUGAAUGAGAUUAGUGAGAUGGAACCUGGCUGCUUAGAUAAUUUGACACAGCUCGAAGAGUUAAGGCUAAAUAAAAAUAAUUUAACCCAUCUCGUCAAGGAUGUUUUUGUAAAUCUAACACAGUUGAAAUUGCUUGAAAUAAAUAAAAAUGAAUUGCAACAAAUCCAAGGCUUGAGUUUAAAAAAUCUAACGAGCUUAGAGGAGUUAAGAUUGAAGAGAAAUAAAAUAGAUACGCUCGAAGAUGGGGCUUUCUGGCCGCUCAGAAAUUUACAAUUAUUGCAGCUUGAUUUUAAUAUGUUGACUGUGGUUAAAAAAGGAGGACUGUUUGGAUUGGAUAAUCUGCGUAAACUGACACUAUCGCAUAACCAUAUAUUUAAAAUUGAAUCCCAGGCAUGGGAGUUGUGCAAAGAAAUUCGCGAAUUAGACAUAAAUUUCAACAAAAUAUCAUACAUGAUUGAGGAUAUAACAACUGGAGCUUUUGUAGUUCUUGGUCAGUUAAAAAAGUUGGGCCUGGCAUCCAACCAAAUAAAAUCCGUGAAUAGAAACGCGUUUGGGGGACUAGAGCGUCUUGAAGAAUUGGAUCUUCAAGGGAAUAAUAUAACGAGUAUUCAAGAGAAUGCCUUUAGCCCGAUGCCGAACUUGUCCAAGCUCAAAAUGAAUACAGGUGCCUUGGUGUGUGAUUGUGGGCUCCAAUGGCUGAGCGUUUGGCUGCGCGAGCACAGAUACAACGAAGCCAAAGCGAGAUGUGGAUACCCUCACUGGCUAAAAUCCAUGCAUUUAACACAAUUACAUCAUGCUAAUUUUACAUGUGAUGAGUUCCCGAAACCCCGUAUUAUUGAGGAGCCGAGCAGCCAGAUGAGUAUAAAAGGCGAAAAUGUCACGCUGACUUGUCGAGCAACCAGCACAGCUGACACUCCUUUACAGUUUACUUGGAAGCAUGAAAAUACGGAGCUGCGGGAUGUCGAUAUUGAAACGAGUCACAUAGCAUCCGAAAAUGGUGUAACUGAAGCAUUGUCCUCGCUACACCUUAUAAAUGUCAGCCAUGAGGACGCUGGCAAGUAUCAAUGUAUGGUCGCAAAUACCUUUGGAACUUCUUAUUCUGCGAAAGCAAAAAUCAGUGUUCUUGAAGGUCAUCCUUCACCACAAAUAGCGUGGCAAAAAGACGGUGGUAAUGAUUUUCCAGCUGCCCGAGAAAGACGAAUGCACAUGAUGCCAUCAGAUCCAGUACUUUUUAUAAUCGAUGAUGUUAAAAGUGCAGAUACCGGAGUAUACUCUUGUACAGCGCAAAAUCUCGCUGGUGUUAUUGUUGCCAAUGCAUCAAUAACAAUAUUCGAAGAGCCGUCUUUCGUAAAACCAAUGGAGAACCGCGUUAUAUCUGUGGGGUCAUCAAUUGUCCUCGAGUGCAUGGCAAGUGGAUCACCACGUCCAAAACUUUUAUGGCGAAAAGACGGGGUACAUUUGUUGGCAACCGAGAGACACUUUUUCACUGCUGACGAUCAAUUAUUGAUUAUUGUUAAUACAGUAUUAAGCGACGCCGGGAAUUACGAAUGCGAGAUAAAUAAUACAUUAGGCAAAGCAGUGGGAGUUUCUCGGUUGACCAUCAGUCCAGUCUCAUCACCGGUGGUUAUUCAGACAAAUGUAUUGAGUAUUGUUAUUGUCGCGGUGGUAAGCUGUGUCAUUGGUACUUCGAUAGUAUGGGUUAUCAUAAUGUACCAAUCGCGACGGCGUUCGAAGGUUGCAAAAAAUUCUAAUGGACAAGUGCCCAUAAGCGGAGAGCCAGCUAUUACCGAUGGACAAACUACACAAUUGUACCUGGAUUCUAGUUCUCAGCACAGCAAGGAUAGCGGUACCGGCGACAGUACUAAUCCCGAGGAAAUAGUUACCUGUGGUACUCAUAAUGACGAGGAUGCUGCUGCCGUAAGUGGCGAGGAUCCGUUACUGCAAUACACAAAUCACCAGCGAAAUAUCCAGAUAGACAGUAAUGAUAUACCGUAA